GCUUGCACACCGCCAGAACGGGUUUGAUGAGUGCCAACCAAGUCCAACUCACCACGCAAGGCAAGGCGCCUCUUGUUCAUUCUUCUUUCUUAGGCAUCAACAGGCUGGCCCUUCUUCUCUCACCAUAACACACAUAUACACACACGCACAGACAGUCACGCAGACACACUCACACUCACACAUCAUUAGCAAUUUGAACCAUCCUCAUCAUGGCAGAUAAUACUGGUGCUCCGACCAGCAAUAGUAGUAACUCCACCACCAACACCAACAACAGCAGUCCAGCUCCGGGCGACAACAACAAUAAGCUGGAAUGUGACCCGCCCACUGCGGAGACAAAUGCGGGUAAAGCAGAGGCCAAGCCGCCCGUCCCCGCCCCCGAACCCGCCGCCAAAAAGCCCGUCUGUGCUAAACAUUCUUCUUCUUCUUCUUCUGCUGCUGCGGCGGCUGCUGCCGAUUCCAAGAAGAAGCCCCAUCGCUCCACUAAGACUUCUUCCAUCGUCACCCCCAGCGAUGACAGCUCCUCCGGUCCCGACUCCUCCACCAACGAUGACGAUGACUCCACCCAUAACUCCGCUGCAGAUAAAGAUGCUUCCUCGUCCUCGUCUAGCUCCUCUGCCUCCGACUCCGAAGUAGACCGCAAGCAUCGUCGCAAACGCGGCAAGGCCCGAGCCAAGAAAGCACUCAACAAGAGCAGUCGCAAGAAAAAGACCCGCUCCCGCCAACAGUCCGACUCUGACUCGGAUUCCUCGGAGGAGGACAGUGAGGACUCAGACUCGGAUCUCGACGAGAAGACUUUGAAGAAGUUGGUCGCCAAGCUCAAGGCGAAGCGAUCGUCCAAGAAGACUCGCUCCAAGGAGGACUCGUCGGAGGAUCAGCAGGACGACAACGAGGAUGACGGCUCCGAUGAACUGGCCCUGCUGCUGGCCAAACAGAAGUUGGCGGCACUGCGGCUAAAGCUGGUCGACGGUCGGCGUAACAAAGGCCGCAGCAAACGGAGCUCAACCGACGGAGAUGGUUCCAAGGGGGGGUCCCAAAAAUCCAAGAGUCGGAAGAAGGCGGCGUCCAAGAUGGCCUUCAAGCGGGUGGAUCAAUUAUGGGACAAUACGAUCCAUAACUACAAACUGACCGAGACCGUCGACGAUCCUGGAGCCAACGAAUGGGACCAAUACCUCUUCACCGUCCGUCGCAAGUUCGAUUGGGACAACAAGUAUACCGAGACGGUGGUCGAUCUCAAGAGCAAGUACAUUCGUGAUGCGCUGGCCAAGGUUAUGGACGGAGUCAAAGGCGUCAGUCUGGUGCAGGAAACCGCGGUCGUCGAUCCCAACAUGCUCUUUCUGUAUCUGGAAGAGACGCGGCAGUACAUGCGCGAUCUCCGCCAGCUGGCCAAGACGGAGAAGAAGAAGAAGGCCCGCAAGACAGCCGAGCUCAAGGCUGCUCAUCUGAAGGUGCUCAUCAAGUAUCUUGACGCCGAUUAUGCCGAGACCAAGAAGACCCUGUAUCCGUUGCUGGACGCCAACAUGAUCACCUUCGACCUGCUGUGGGCCAUCUUCAAGCCUAACACGAUUGCCUACUCGUCUACCUAUGGAAAUGCAGAUGAGCCCCGUGCCUUCAAGAUCGAGUAUGCCACCAAGGAGUCGUCCUUCAUGAAGGGUCAGUGGUACAGUAUCGAAGGUCGUUACCUGGAAUACGAUGGAAAGUCAUUCGGAAUGGGCACUAUGGCCGCCGAAGUUGAGUCCUUCAAGGGCGCUCGGAAGAUUACCAGUCUUGGUUGUUAUCCACUGAAAUACCAUCGCGAAGCGGAGGCAGUGAAGAUCAAGCUGUUAGAACGGGGCAAGAAGUUCGUGUCUCUACGUGGUAUGAACUACCGCUUCCACAAGGGCAUGGGCUUUUACAAGAAGAAGCGCUCCGUCAUUAAAGUCAACAUCAACGGACGCGUAAUGAUCGAUCCGGCCAUCCACCGUCGCAUCAACCCUAACUAUCCCAUCAGCACCGUUCGUCCCAAGGACCCGGACUAUCUUGAUGGGUCGGACGAUGACGGGAGUGACGACGGUUGCUGCUGUGGCGUGUCGGGAUCAGACUCGGAUCAGGGUUGCGGGCCAUCGCGGGAUUCGGACACCCCAAGAAUACGCUACAAGGUGGUCCGAGAUAAGGCGGGCAAGCCGCAUGUGGUCGAAGUGGAGCUGGAUGAGAACGGUAACGAGGUGCAGAAGGAGGACAUGGACGAAGUGGAGGAUCCCUCUGAACGGGAGUUCACGGAGGAGGAGCUGCUAAUCGCGAGCCCGGUCGUCUUGGGUUUCGCCUUCAGCGAGAAACUGUGGCUCGAGUUCAGCAUCUCUGGGAUCAGCGAGAUCGAAUGGAACGAGGAAGCUUUCAGCUCUCUCGUGCUACCCGACAAUCAGAAGUCGAUUGUCAAGGCGCUGGUCGAGUCCCACACCUUCCGGGCAGCCCAGAACAUCGACGACGUAAUCCAAGGCAAAGGCAAGGGGCUGGUCGCCGUGCUCCACGGCCCUCCGGGGACAGGCAAGACGCUCACAGCCGAAGGUAUUGCCGAAUUGCUCAAGCGUCCCUUGUACAUGGUCAGCGCGGGAGAGUUGGGGACCGACUCGCGUACGCUUGAAGCCGAGCUCAACAAGAUCUUGGAUAUCGCGCACUCCUGGGGCGCCGUACUCCUACUUGAUGAGGCAGAUAUCUUCCUGGAGAAGCGUACUAUCCAGGACAUUCACCGCAAUGCCUUGGUUAGCAUCUUCUUGCGUCUCCUGGAAUAUUUCCAAGGUAUCUUGUUCCUGACCACCAACCGUGUCGAAACCUUCGACGAUGCCUUCCAGUCCCGAAUCCACGUCGCGCUCCGCUACGGCGAUCUCACCACCAAGGCCAAGCGCAGCGUCUGGAAGAUGUUCCUGGAGAAAGUCCAGGCCAUGGAGGGAGUGCAGACUGCCACGUUUACCGACAAGGACUUUGAUCUUCUUGCCCGUCACAACCUGAACGGACGCCAGAUCAAGAACUCCGUCCGCACAGCUCAAGCCCUUGCAGUCAACGAACAGACCCCCCUCUCGAUGGAGCAUAUCAAACGUGUCCUCGACGUAGCCGAGACAUUCGAUCACGACCUCCGCGGCGGAACAGGAUACCUAGACGCCAUGAGAAGCUAUACCUGAAAAAGGUGCCGCUAGUGUUCUUUAUGAUGGUAUGGGUGAGCAUGAGAUACAGAAAGCUAAAUGAAUGAACGAAAAGAAGAGCAAAAGAAAAAGAAAAAGCAUUUUACUGCACUACAGAAAAAACAAACCACACUCCUCUCUUCUGU